CUCCCUGGAAAGCCCUCUCUCUCCACGGGCUCGCGUCCCUGUUUGUCUGCGUGGCGUUGCAUCACCCGGGCCCCUGCGAAUGUGGCAGUGAACAAUGCCGAGCCCCAAGGGACUGUUAUGGCUCCCGUUCUUUACCCCGGUCUGCAUCAUGUUGAACUCCAACGUCUUCCUGUGGAUAACUGCUCUUGCCAUUAAGUUCACGCUCAUCGACAGCCAAGCACAGUAUCCGGUGGUCAAUACAAAUUAUGGCAAAAUCCGGGGCCUAAGAACACCGUUGCCCAAUGAAAUUUUGGGUCCCGUGGAGCAAUACUUGGGGGUCCCUUAUGCUUCGCCUCCCACCGGAGAGAGGCGGUUUCAGCCCCCUGAGCCACCAUCGUCCUGGAUGGGGGUUCGAAAUGCCACGCAGUUUCCUGCUGUCUGUCCCCAGCACCUGGAUGAGAGGUCCUUAUUACAUGACAUGCUGCCCAUCUGGUUCACAGCCAACCUGGAUACUCUGAUGACCUACGUUCAAGAUCAGAACGAAGACUGCCUUUACUUAAACAUCUACGUGCCCACAGAGGAUG